CCGCUGGUUCGCACGUGGCCCCCACCUGACCCGGCGCCGGGAGGCGGAGUAGGGCGGAGCGGGCGGCAAACGCAGCACUUUCCGCGGCUUUGACAAGCCCGCGGCGGCCGGGCCCAAGCGCUAAACGGGGCCGGGACUGCGCCAUGCAGGAAGCGCCAGCCGCGCUGCCCACGGAGCCGGGCCCUAGCCCCGUGCCAGCCUUCCUUGGCAAGCUAUGGGCGCUGGUGGGCGACCCGGGCACCGACCACCUGAUCCGCUGGAGCCCGAGCGGGACCAGUUUCCUCGUCAGCGACCAGAGCCGCUUCGCCAAGGAAGUGCUGCCCCAGUACUUCAAGCACAGCAAUAUGGCGAGCUUUGUGCGGCAGCUCAACAUGUACGGUUUUCGGAAGGUGGUGAGCAUCGAGCAGGGUGGCCUGCUGAGGCCGGAACGGGACCACGUCGAGUUCCAGCACCCGAGCUUCGUGCGCGGCCGAGAGCAAUUACUGGAACGCGUGCGGCGUAAGGUGCCUGCGCUGCGCGGUGACGACGGCCGCUGGCGCCCUGAGGACCUGGGCCGGCUUCUGGGCGAGGUGCAGGCUUUUCGGGGAGUGCAGGAGAGCACCGAGGCGCGGCUGCGGGAGCUCAGGCAGCAGAACGAGAUCUUGUGGAGGGAGGUGGUGACGCUGCGGCAGAGCCACGGUCAGCAGCACCGGGUCAUUGGCAAGCUGAUCCAGUGCCUCUUUGGGCCACUUCAGGCGGGGUCCAGCAGCACAGGAACUAAGAGAAAGCUGUCCCUGAUGCUGGAUGAGGGGUGCCCAACACCAGCCAAAUUCAACGCCUGCCCCCUACCUGGUGCCCUCCUGCAGGACCCCUACUUUAUCCAGUCGCCUCUCCCAGAGACCACCCUGGGCCUCAGCAGCCCUCACAGGGCCAGGGGCCCCAUCAUCUCUGACAUUCCGGAAGACUCUCCAUCCCCUGAAGGAACCAGGCUUUCUCCCUCCAGUAGUGGCAGGAGGGAGAAGGGCCUGGCACUGCUCAAAGAAGAGCCAGCCAGCCCAGGGGGGGAAGGCGAGGCCGGGCUGGCCCUGGCCCCAAACGAGUGUGACUUCUGCGUGACAGCACCCCCACCACUGCCUGUGGCUGUGGUGCAGGCCAUCCUGGAAGGGAAAGGGAGCCUCAGCCCCGAGGGGCCCAGGAGUGCCCAGCAGCCUGAACCAAGAGGCCCCAGGGAGGUUCCUGACAGGGGGCCUCUGGACCUGGAGAGAGGAGCCCGGAGCCCGGAGAGUCUGUUGCCUCCAAUGCUGCUUCGGGCCCCCCCUGAAAGUGUGGAGCCUGCAGGGCCCCUAGAUGUGCUGGGCACCAGCCUCCAAGGGCGAGAGUGGACUCUCAUGGACUUAGACAUGGAGCUGUCCCUGUUGCAGCCCUUGGUUCCAGAGAAGGGUGAGACUGAGCUGGCGGUCAAGGGGUUAAAUUCUCCAGGGCCAGCCGGCGUGCCCGGGGUGAAGAGGGAAAGCCGACUACGUGUACGAGCCCAGGCGGUACGCGACCUCUGUGGCCUGCCUCCCCGCGUCCCGGGAAGAACGGCCCCCUUUCCCCACCCCCUCGCGGUUCCCGGCAGCCCUGGCCGCCCCGCCCCCGCUGCAGCUGCUGCUUCCAUCCCCAACCCGCUCGGCCCUUUCUGCCUCGUCAUCUCCUGCCCCGCCGAGGCUCAACCCGAGCCUGAGGAGAUGGGACAGAAGAGGCCAGGGAGGCAGGAGGACGGAUCCUGUGCUGCACUAUGGAGCUGGCCUGCCGCUGACUGCCGAGAUCGAGCCCUCACCAUGGGCAACACGCAGGAGAGGCCAUCAGAGACGAUCGACCGCGAGCGGAAACGCCUGGUAGAGACGCUGCAGUCGGACUCGGGGCUGCUGCUGGAUGCGCUGCUGGCACGGGGCGUGCUCACCGGGCCCGAAUACGAGGCGUUGGACGCGCUGCCUGAUGCCGAGCGCAGGGUACGCCGCCUGCUGCUGCUGGUGCAAAGCAAGGGCGAAGCCGCCUGCCAGGAGCUGCUGAGCUGCGCCCAGCGAACCGUGCGCGCGCCCGACCCCGCCUGGGACUGGCAGCACGUGGGCACGGGCUACCGAGAACGAAGCUACGACCCUCCAUGCCCAGGCCACUGGACUCCUGAGGAAGCUGGCUCAGGGACCGCAUGCCCCUGGCUGCCCAGAGCUUCAGAUUGCGAUGAGGCCCGGGGUCCUGAGGACUCCGAGGCAGCGCAAUCCGGAACCUUCGAGGAAACUGAGCCAGAGCUGGAAGCUGAGACCUCUGAAGGGGCUGAGCCGGAGUUGGAACCCCAAAUGGAUCCGGAACCAGAGCCAGGGACAGAACCAGAGCCAGAACUGGAGCCGGAGCCCGACCUAGGGGCUGGGGACGAAUCUGAAGAUUCCUGAAAGCCUUAACGCUGACAGGCCGCUCCUCGCCCUAGCAGGAUGGGAUCUAGGAUCCUGCCCUGCUGGGGUCAGAUGCCACGAAGGCUCCAUCUGGCCCAGUACCACUGAAAGUGAAUAAACUCUGGAGGGUCA